AUGUCCACAGGCUCAAGUGAUACCGAUUCAUGGCCGCCAAUCAAAUUGGUUCGCUUUUACAGCUAUUUUGUAGUUGCAUCCUUCGCUAUCAUCAUAUAUGACUGGGCACUGACGUUGGGACAAGAGAUCGAACUGGUAUGGGUGAGCGGAAAGGAAACGCUGGUCUCUGAUGACUAUAUUAUAUAUAAGUCUGCGUUGCACUGGAAUAAUAUUCCCUGUCCUCACCAUGCUGUGGACUCUCCCGUCAGUCUCGCUGUCAGAUACAGCACUAUCCUUUACUACUUCCAAAGCGUAACAUCUAUAGUCGUAAAUGCUAUGCUAGGCGCCAUCAUGAUUACCCGGUUAUAUGCCAUGUAUCAGCGGUCCAGAAAGAUACUCAUAUUUCUCGUUGCAUUCUUCCUUGCUGUCAACAUCACAUGCGCAGCGGUCCUCGCGAGUAGCCGUAUCUCAGGGGUGGAAAUCGUUUUCUCCGGAACCUAUCAGUGCGGUUAUACAGGAGGCAAUCAACAUCUGGUAACCGAGACAUGGAUUCUAACCACUGCAUGGGAGGUUACCAUGCUGUGUCUCGCAGUCUGGAUCGUUGCAAAAUACUUCCGUGAACUGCGACCGCCAUCGGCGAGAUCGACCAUCCAGAACUAUUUCAGGGUGUUGAUCAAAACACAUGCAUUCUACUUCGUGGCAUAUGCUGCUGUUGCUUGCUUGAACCUCGGUAGUCUCUCUCCAUCCAUCGGGGGUUCAUCCUCAUUGGGAGUUUAUAUCUAUAAUUCCAUUCUUCAAAUCGCCCAGGCUGUGCAAAUGUUCGUAUUGGGACCACGCCUCAUCCUUAGUGUCCGAAAAUGUCAUGCCGAGAGGAUGGCGGACCCGGACGACAGAAGUGAUACGAGUACAGUUGCUUUCCGGGAACUCGUACACAAGUCGACUGGCUCAGCUUUGUAA